AUGGCCACAAAGCCUCUUAUCCUUGCCAUCUACAUUGUCACCUUCCUGACUGGCCUCCCUUCCAACCUGCUGGCUGGCUACGCCUUCCUGAGGAAAGUGCGCCAGAAGGCAAACCCCAUGGAUGUCUUCUUGCUCAACUUGACCAUCUCUGAUCUUAUCCUUCUGCUGAUUUUGCCCUUCAAGAUGGCAGAGGCCUCUUCAGAUGUCCCCUGGCCUCUCCCUGCCUUCCUUUGCCCCCUCACCAACUUCUGUUUCUACAGCAGCAUUUACAGCAGCACCCUCUUCCUUACAGGGGUCAGCGUAGAGCGCUACCUGUGCAUCGCCUACCCCAUCAAGUUCAAGUCGGAACGCAGACCGACCUAUGUAAUAGUUGCCAGUCUUUUCUUCUGGUUUCUGGCUUGUUUGCACUGCAGCAUCAUCUACACUGUCCAAUACCACCCGGAGGCCCAAUCCACGUCUCACAACUCCACGUGUUAUGAGUCAUUCUCCGAUGGCCAGCUUAAAAUCCUCCUCCCUGUCCGACUGCAACUCUGCAUUGUCCUCUUCUUCCUCCCUUUCAUCAUCACCCUUUUCUGCUACAUUAGGGUCAUUCACAUCCUGACCUCCUUGCCCCACAUCAAACCCCAGAGGAAGAAACGGGCUGUGUGCCUGGCAGUGGCCACUCUGCUCAAUUUUGCUGUUUGCUUUGGGCCCUUUAACAUCUCUCACCUCGUGGGCUACAUUCAGUUCCAGAGCCCUGAAUGGAGAGUGUAUGGCUUCCUUCUCAGCUCCUUCAACAGCACUUUGGACCCUGUCAUCUUCUACUUCUCCUCCACUGAAGCGUUUUUUGAUUGCAACGCACUGCAGGCUGCUGACUCUUGCGUCCCAGUGGUCUUUGCCUUGCUCCAGGACUGCUGGACAACCCGACAAAGAAACAGGAGCAGGUGGCAUAUCGACAUCUGGUGA